CAUGACACAAAAUCACACACAACACACAGACUUUAAAUAUGGAGGGAAAGGUAUUAAAAAACAAGCGGCUUGCCGAGUUCUCACAGGAGUGCAAAAUACUUUUAAUAAAGUCGGUAGAGAAAAGGCCAGUGAUAUGGGACCUGGACAAUAAAAAACAUUUCGACUCCAUAGCAACCAAAAAUGCUUGGAAUUCUGUGGCUAGAGAAAUAAACAAGGACGUGACUAUUUGCAAAUUGGCUUGGAAAUCUCUGAAGGACAGCUACCGCUACCAUAUAAAGUCGGCAAGCAAGAGCAAGAGUGGUAGUGCAGGAGGGUUCCAAAUGGAGAACCCAGUGGCGAAUGACGGUGUGGAGUUGAUGUUUGCUCCACACAUGUCAUUCUUGCCCGAUAUUUCUGCACAGAGGCGUACGUUUGCCUUCGACUUCUUGCCCAAGGAUGAGAGCAGCUCAGCCGGGCUGGAUGACGCUGCAGUAUGCGGCACCUCGUAUUUGGAGACACAGUGGGACGCGGGCGAGAAGGAUUUAGAGAAGAGCUGGAUGAUCUCAGUAGCUCAACGUAUUCUUAUCAGAUGAAUCCAGCAGUACCAAUAAAUCCAGUUUUGGAAUACUGGGAUUCCAUGCUCAACUCGUUGCCGUUGGAGGAAAAGGCAGAAGUCGAGGAGGAUAUAACACAGUAUUUAAUACGAAAGAAGAGGUCAUUAAGAAAAUCUGCUUAGCAAAUGUAGUAGCUAUAAGCUUUAGUAAAAUGUAUUCUUUAAUAUGAAAUAC